AUGAUUUCUUGUAAAGAUGACGAUGCAGAUACUAUUGCAAAACUUAUUCAACCCUCAGAAAUUAGUUCAUCAAAUACAGAUGUCCAUACUUGUGAUAAGACAUUGCCCCUUAACGUCCCUGAACAAUAUCGGACACGUUAUCUAGAAUAUCUCCAGACAGUGCAAGAACUAGAAGUACCUAUCCUUCAAUCAAUUCAAAAUGAUGCAGUACAGAACUUUAAGUAUUACUAUGAACGAUAUUUUGAAAACCAAUAUAGUAUCAACAUAGGAGUUGAUAGCUACCCAAAUGAUAUGCUUGUAAGAGUUCAUACAAAUAGAACCAUUCUAAUUGCACCAGCUUGUAGUCAUGCCAUGUGCAAUAGUGAAAAAAAGAUCACUGAUAUCAAUUUUAUUGUAAAUAAAAGUGAUAGGUCGAACAUCAAGACAAAAGGUGUGAGAAAACAUGGUGCUAGGGCUGUGGAUGCCACAACAAUAAUAUGUAAAGUGACUUUAGAAGGGGAAGAAAAGCCUUACAAUAUAAGGGCUGGUGUGACUGGGUAUUUAGUAGAAAUAAAUGAACUGAUAAAGAGAGACCCACAAUUAUUGAAAACAGAACCUAAGAAGUUAGGAUUUCUGGCUGUUAUAUUACCUAAAGGACGUACAUAUCAAUUUGAAGACAUAGUGAAAAGUUGGAAUCUGUUAAGUGAGGAACAAUAUAUAAAACAUCUGUCAGCUGACUCAGUUAAAAUGACAGAAUAA